CUCUCUCUCUCUCUCUCUCCAGGUCUCCCCGGGAUCCGUGUUUUGCAUCGCGCCUAAUUUGCAUUUCUCCCUCAGAUUUUCCGAGCGAAAAAGCACCAGCGCGCGCGCGCAUCUCGGUCUUUUCUCUGCUCUCUGUGCUGUAGUAUGACGCGCGCGCGCGCCUCCAUUUCCAAAACGCGCGCAGAGACAACAACGCCUCUGGAUUUUGUGUGUGGGCUCCUUGUGUAUUUUUUAUUUUAUUUUUUUAAAAUAAUGUUGCCGAAGCUCCACGACCGAGGAAUCUAAAAAGGUUUUUUGUUUUUGGUUUUGGUUUUUUUCUUUGUUUUUCUCCAGAUGGACGGAGACGCGUCCUCGGGGUAAACAGAAAGGAAUAGGUCGUGCCAACAGAUUGCUUUUGUUUCAUUUUAUCUUUUAUUUUCUUAUUAAUGUUUAUCACCGACCACUGGGUUUAGUCGUUUGGGACAAACAGAAAAAAAAAAAUCCCCCCUCAUCCCCAGCUCGACACUGUUCCAUCUGGUGCGCCUUGGUGAUUAAGACGCAUUUUGGAGAUGUCGGAAGUGCUGCCUUUCAACGAAGAAAACAUGAGUCAUUAUGGAAAUGAGGGCGAUGAGGGACACCUUUCCUUCACCUGUCGUCUUCAAGACACCAACAACUUCUUCAGUGGCCCACAGAACAAACGUCCGCCCAAACUCGGACAAAUAGGCAGGAGCAAACGAG